AGGGGAUGACCUCUGACCUCCUCAAGAUUCGAGCAUGAAACUAUAUGAAUAGCAGUAUGAAUUGAUGGCAGUGGAGGAAUAUGCGCGGUUAUCAAAUUAUAGCAACUGCAGAAAGUACAUGUUUUAAUAUAAUGUACCAAACAAACACACAAUCCUGUUUGCUCUCUAAUGUCCCGCUAUGUUACCUAUAAAGUUUUUAUCUUGUCCAACCCAUUUAUCUUAAUUUGAUAAGCCGUAUCUUUAGUUUAUUGUGCAAGAACUCGGGUAUAUUAAGAAACUAGUGUAAAUGUCUUAUCAUUUUAACCAUGGGGUUUGUAUAUCAACUCUUUGCUUUUCUUGUGUGGGUGCAAUUUGUGAGGUCCCAAUACCCCGGCCUCCAGGUUUCCAUAACAACAGACGGUACAUACAGUGUCAAGGUCAAUGGUAGACAAUGGCUGUCCAGCGCGCCGACCUAUUUCAUGGCGGACGGAGCCAUGUUUAUUGGCGGGAAGAACGGGAAUCUUAGUCUGCUACAGAGCUCAGCGUCCAGUGGGUACGACAGGAUUGGAGAAUGGCAGACGUCCGACUUCUUCUACUCUGCCGGUAGUAGCAACAUCACUGCCUCCAUCAAAACGUAUCCAUACGAAUUGGAGGACGAUUUUAUCAUGUUUUCACAGACAUAUCACAAUGGAGCCACGAGGACAAACCGAGCUGACGUCAGUUCCGUUAUUGGGAGAUUUCCCGCCUUUAGCGUCGGAAGUCAAGACCCUCUCGUCAGCCUGUUUUAUUUAGCCUACGGGGGAAUAAUGGUUGGGGACACUGGAAAAAGCAUAGGAGUUUGGAACAAAACAGACGUUGCCAUGAGCUAUGGGUUGUCGGGAGGGCCGCUGGCCAUCUUUGAUCAGGAGGGAAAUACCGUCAUCAUUUCUCCCUUCUCGCAGUUCAUGGCCGCCUCUGUCACCCAUCCAGACUUUGACAACAGUGUGGGGUGGGGUGUGAUGGGAGGUGUACAAAAGGUCCCACCCAACUACCAGUAUGACACAAUCCUCUAUUAUGCAAAAGGAAUAAACAAGGCUUUUGAAGGCUGGGGUCGAUUGAUGAGGAAAUGGUACGGAAGAACGGAUGACUUUGUUAAAACAGACCUAACCAUCAGUCAUCUGGGCUACUGGACAGAUAACGGAGCGUAUUAUUACUAUUUGACGGAGCAAAAUAAAACCUACGAGGACUCCAUGUUGGAUGUCAAGAACUACGCAGACAGUCAGAGCAUUCCAUACAGAUACUUUCAGUUUGAUUCCUGGUGGUACUACAAGGGGGCCGGUAACGGGGUCAAGGAAUGGGAGCCUCGUCCUGACAUUUUCCCUCACGGAUCUAAAGCACUAGUUCAGAAGCUUGGUUUUCCCAUCGCAUUGCAUAACCGAUUCUGGUCUAAGGACACGGUAUAUGCUGUACAGAACAAAGGAAGGUAUUUGUUUCAGAUUGAUACGAAUGGAACAGUCUCAGCCCCCAUCACUCAGGAUUUCUGGAAUUAUUUGUUAGGUCGCGCGAGAGACGAUUGGGGAUUGGUUCUUUACGAACAAGAUUGGCUGAAUGUUGAAUUUGCCGGGCUCCCGUCCUUCUUGAACAACGUAAAUCUGGGAAAUUUAUGGCUGGAAGAAAUGGCGGAUGCAGCAAAUCUGUGGAAGAUUCCGAUACAGUAUUGUAUGUCCAACACACGGCAUGCCCUGAAAGCUGUACAACUAGAUAUUGUCACUCAGGCCCGGGUGAGCGGGGAUUACCACCCCGGACAUGACCAGUGGAGGAUCGGGGUCUCCUCCAUGCUUGCUGCCGCCAUUGGACUCCGCCCGUUCAAGGACACCUUCUGGACUACCACCAACCAGCCCGGCAACAAGUACAGGUCUACUGAACCAUACCCAGGUUUGAAUGCGGUGGUGUCCACCCUCAGUACCGGACCAGUUGGGCCCGGGGAUAUGGUGGGCGGUACAAAUAGAUCCCUUCUAAUGAGGUGUUGCAACGAAGACGGAAUGAUUCUGAAGCCAUCAACACCAGCAACAUCUAUAGAUCGCCAACUGAUCAUGGCAGCGUCCGGAGCUAUGGAGGAUAUGGAGGUCUGGAGCACGUACUCAGCAAUGUCUGUGGGAGGUACCGUGAAGUACUUUGGGAUGGUUCUCGGGGUAGACACAGCUGGAUUUAAACUUCUAACCAAAGACUUAAAUUUCAUGGCGGAUGCACAGAGGGAUGAGUACAUCGUAUUCGAACACCGCUCACCACAGAGUCACGUGACCUUUACCACAUCCCUGACGAUGCCAAACUGCACUAAAACUAACUUCUGUCUCUAUCAUUUUAUCCCGGAGAUGAAGAUUGGUAAUACUCACACGGUGUUCUUGAUGGGAGAGACAGAUAAAUGGGUGCCGGUGUCUGAGCAGCGAAUCGUGGCCAUCACCCCCAUACAGGACACCGACAUUGUACUCACAGUGGCGGGGGUCCGGGGCGAGACGGUCCGAAUUUCCUACCUCCUAGACGGAACUCUUCAGACUGUUACCUGUACAUUCAAACUAACGUCAUCACUUAUGCUUUCUAUUUCUAAUAAAUCUUGUUGAUUCAACAUGAGAAUUUUGA